AUGGCUUCUAAGUCUUCUUCCUCUUCUCAUUUGUCUUCAAAGCAAAAGACUCUUCUCAUUCUCUUACUCUUCUCCACAAGCCUCACGCUCUUAGAACAUACGGUGAAGCACAAAAGAGUCCCCAUCUACACCAGCAUGUUUGAGGUGGAUAAAAGAAAGCCUGUUUGGUUUGAUGUCAUAGAAAAAAACAUUGGUGGCAAGAGCAUUAAAGUAGGUGUAGUUAAUAUUGAUACAAGAGUGGACGGUGUUCUAUAUGAACAACUACAUGCACUGCACCCACAAGUAGAGACGAUAUAUUCCGUUGAUUUUGAUCAUGCUGAUGACAACUUGAAAUGGAAAGACUUUUUCCCUGUGUGGAUUGAUGAAGAUGAGAAAUGGGGUCAUCCAAAGUGCCAUGAUUUACCAAUGCCAACGUGGGAGGAGUAUCGAGAUCUCAAUGUGGUGGUGGCAAGAGUUCCAUGUGGGAUAAGGGAUGUGUUCAGGUUGCAAGUUAAUUUGGUGGUGGCUAAUUUGGCUGUGGAGAGUGGAUGGGUGAAGAAGUUGCAUUCUUAUGAAGCUGUGUAUGUUGUGUUUAUUGGGUCGUGUGGUCCCAUGGUAGACAUUUUCAAAUGUGAUGACCUUUUGUUGUAUCAGCCAGGAGAGUUUUGGGUGUACAAGCCUGAUUUAGUGAGCCUCAGACACAAAAUGCUUAUGCCAGUUGGUUCGUGCCAGAUUGCUCCAGCCUAUGCAGAAACGGGUAAGAAGGUAUGGAGUGCCUAUAUGUCACAAUCACCAGCGACAAUGAAUUACAAUUACACCAUGCGGGUCCCAAGGUUAGCCUAUGUGACUAUUCUCCACUCUUCAGAAGCUUAUGUGUGUGGUGCAAUAGCUCUAGCACAAAGCAUUCUUCAAACCUACAAAAGCAUCCUUCAACAUAACAACUACACCAGAGACCUACUCCUUCUUGCUGAUGAAUCAAUUGGUCCCAAAUCCACAAGAGGUCUAAAAGCUGCAGGGUGGAGGAUCAAACGCAUUAAACGUAUCUUAAACCCCUUUGCCACAAAAGGUUCAUAUAACGAGUGGAACUAUAGCAAGCUUCGAAUAUGGCAACUCACCAUGUAUGACAAAAUCAUCUUUAUAGAUGCUGAUCUUCUAGUCCUAAAGAGCAUUGAUGAUUUCUUCACUUACCCUCAAUUAUCUGCCGCACCUAAUGACUUCACCUUGUUCAACUCUGGCUUGAUGGUCAUUGAGCCAUCCAUGUGCAUGUUCGAGGACUUGAUGAAGGAAACUUUAAAGGUGAAACCAUAUAAUGGUGGUGACCAAGGUUUGGUCAACGAGGUAUUCACAUGGUGGCAUAGGUUGCCAACAAAGCUGAACUACCUAAAGAGUUUUCAAGAGAGGCCAGAGAAUGAGAAGGAGGAGGUUCCAGAGGACUUGUAUGCUAUACAUUACUUGGGUUUGAAACCAUGGAUGUGUUAUAGAGAUUAUGACUGCAAUUGGGACAUGCAAGAACUUCAUGUUUUUGCUAGUGACUUGGUUCACCACAAAUGGUGGCAGGUUCAUGACACCAUGCCCAAAGAGUUGCAAUCCUAUUGUGGGCUUACAAAAAGAUUGGAUAAAAGGAUAAUGCAACAGAGAAGAAAGGCAAAAAAUGCUAAUUUGUCUGAUGGGCAUUGGAAGAUUGAGGUUAAGGAUCCUAGAAGGAAACAUUAUGAGGAUUUGAAUUUCAAUAGUGUAUAA